CAGACCCGGAAGUGAGAGGAGGAAAACACGUGGAGGCCGCCCAAGGAGCAGCAGAGUCCGGUCCACUCUGCGUCCACCACAGGACCAUCAUGGAUGACCAACAGGCCCGGGAGCUGCUGGACUUCCUUGGCCCUGAAUCCCGGCCGGACCUGCGAGCCCAAGCUGUCCAUUGCGUGGCAGGGCUGACGGUCACUCCGGAGGGCAGGCAGCUCUUGACCACCCGGCCGGACUUUGUAGAGGCCCUGCUGGCCCUGACCACUGACCCUUCUGCGGAUGUGGCCAAAGAGGCCUUCCAUGCCCUCAUCAACCUGGCCACGGAACCGGACACUCACAUCGUCCUGGCGAAGGGUCUGCCUGACCUCUUGGGCCUCCUGCUGGACCCCAGGAACCCCUUGGCUGACCAGGCUUGCGCCCUCCUCUCCAACUUCUCCAGGGAAGAAGCCGCUGCCCAGCAACUCUUGACCGCUCUGCAGAGGGAGAACGAGAAGGGACUAGUGGCCCUAGUGGACGCCCUCGGAAGCCCCGACCCCCAGGCCGGACUCCACUACUUGGGGCCCCUCCUCUCCAACCUCAGCCAGCUCCCCGAAGCCCGAAAGGUCCUCCUUGACCCCUCCAGAUGUAUCAUUCAGAAGCUGCUUCCGUUUACACAGUUCAUGGCAUCAGACAUCCGCCGAGGAGGGAUCGUCGGGACCCUUCGGAACUGCUGCUUCGAAUACCGGUGCCACGAGUGGCUCCUCGGCGAAGAAGUGGACCUGCUGCCCUUUCUCCUCCUCCCUUUGGCCGGUCCGGAGGAGUUCCCGGAGGAUGAGAUGGAAAAGCUGCCUCUGGACCUGCAGUACUUGCCGCCAGAGAAGGAACGGGAACCCGACCCGGACAUCCGCAAGAUGCUUCUGGAGGCCAUCAUGCUGCUGACGGCCACCAAACCGGGGCGGCACCUGGUUCGGGAGAAAGGCACCUACCUGGUCCUGCGGGAGCUGCACAGGUGGGAGGCGGACCCUGGCGCUCGGGCCGCCUGCGAGAAGGUGAUCCAGGUCCUGAUUGCCGAGGAGCCUCCGUCCGGGAUGGAGAACCUGCUGGAGGUGGAGAUCCCCACGAAGGUGGAGGAAGAGCUGCAGCGCCUGGACCAGAAGGAGGAGGAGGAAUCCAGUAGGUUGCAUGCUGCAGAAGUUCUGGGAGAACAGUGCCCACCUUGCAAAGAUGAGGGGCAGCGAUACCUGGCAUUGGAGGUAUCGCUGCCCCUCAUCUUCGCAGAUGAUGAAAUGAAUUGGCAGUGA